AUGAGUGUUGUUAUGGAAAGAGGAUUGGAGGAAUCCCUAGAAGAUAAUAUUAUUUAUGCAAUAGCAAAGGUUUUAGAUGAAAUUGUCUAAGAAACAGACAUAAUAGAAAGUCCAAUUUAAACAGUCUUUCACACCAAUAAAAAACCAUAAAUUACUAUAUACAAGUAUAUCGAACGUAUUAAGAUAUACACUUAUUGCAGCAAUGAGUGUUUCAUAUUGGCGUUAAUUUAUAUAGAUAGAGUACAGGAGAAGAAUUCAGAUGUUGUUAUAAAUAGUUAUUGUGUUCAUAGGUUGAAAUUUAUAUUAAAACUAUAGAUUUAUGUUAGCUUGUAUACUUUUGAGCAUAAAAUACAAUGAUGAUGACUAUUACAAGAAUGAUUACUAUUCUAGAGUUGGGGGGAUAACACUUUAAGAGCUAAACAGUUUGGAAUAGGAACUAUUAACACUGUUAGAUUACUAACUAUUCGUUAGUUAAAAUCAAUACUACUAUUACAAGGAAAAAUUGAUGAAAUAUGCAUAACUAUGA